AUUAGAAUAGCUAAAUAUAUUCACGUUGCUUUUCAUAAAACUGUUUACCUUGCAUGUGUGUACUGUAAAACACCUUUUUAAUUCUUAUUAAAAUCACGGUAAAUGGAAAAAAAAUCAAUUCUUCUUUUCCUACGAUAUUUUCCCGUAGAAAAAUAAAUCUGUACAUUUGUAUAUAUAUAUCGAACAUACGCAUUCCUUCCUAUAAUCCCGUUAUUUAAUUUUUUGUUACCCUGUCUUAAUCCUGAAACCUUUCCUACCGAUCGCGACCAUCUUGAGGAUCACAACGAAGAUUUGAGCAUGCAACGGAAAAUCCUUCCUCACCUUAUACUAACUAACCAAGAGCUUUUUCCUAGCAUAAGAGCAGUGCACUUGCAGGAUUUCUACUAAAGUGAAUACACAAACUGAGAGGAAUACACACAACUGGAGGACAAAAAUGUGUAUUGGUGACAUUUGUGACAAUGUGACAUUAAUUUGGAAAUCUUAUUUGUUAAAAUCGAUUUUAAGUUUGGAAUAAAUUUGCCAUAAAAGUUAGAAGAAGAAUGAGUUGUAUAAAGUAUCUAGUACCAGUUAAAAAUAUGUAACCUUUGAAAGUGGAUACCAUUAACAGUACAUAUAUACAUAUAUUGAGAGCAUGACCUUCAGUCCUCAGUAGCCAUCACCAUUUGACAUAGCAUUGUAGAACAGUGGAGACAGUAGUGUUACCAGUAGAAACAACCCUGUACGGACCAUUAACCGUACCUAUCCCCCCUUACUUUGUGUUGUGACAUGGCCACAGAUAUUAACAACAUGGUGCAGAAUGACAAUUCCCCACCCACGAUGCUUACAGUCCGAAUGAUUAUGCAGGGAAAGGAAGUCGGCAGUAUCAUAGGAAAGAAAGGAGAUAAUAUAAAGAAAUUCAGGGAAGAUAGUGGUGCUAAAAUAAACAUAUCGGAUGGAUCUUGUCCAGAACGUAUUGUCACAGUAACAGGAACUACAGAUUGUAUAAAUAAAGCAUUCACAUUUAUUUGUAAAAAGUUUGAAGAGGAUUUACAGAAUGCCUUUGUUUUACAGGACUUACAGAAUACACCAACAGUGCCUAAACCCCCCGUCACAUUACGAUUGGUUGUGCCCGCUAGUCAGUGUGGAUCACUGAUUGGCAAAGGUGGCUCCAAAAUUAAGGAAAUUAGGGAGACAACGGGCGCACAGAUACAGGUAGCAUCGGAAAUGUUGCCGAAUUCCACAGAGCGAGCAGUGACUGUGUCGGGCACAGCAGACGCCAUUACAGCCUGUAUACAGAAUAUCUGUAACAUCAUGUUAGAGUCCCCUCCCAAGGGAGCAACAAUCCAAUACCGUCCAAAACCCGUUGUCCCUCCAGUAAUCUUCACUGGGGGUCAGGCAUAUACAGUUCCGGGUGGGCAGAUACCGAUGACAAUACCAGAGAUGAACAAAUUACAUCAGAUAUCAUUACAGCAGGGUAUUCCAAUAAUUCCAACAUCACAACCUUUACUUCCAACAUGCCAAGUCCCUUGGUACCAGGGAACAACUAAUGAUUUUAUCUGUAAUCAAAAGAAAGCAAACUAUGUCAUAACAGACAGAAUGCAUCAUGCUCCUGGUAUACCAGUUGCAUACAGACAUGCCAGUCCGGCAGCUAUUCCACAGAAUACACAACAGACACAUGAGAUCUCCAUACCAAAUGACUUAAUAGGGUGUAUUAUUGGCAGAGGUGGUCAGAAAAUUAAUGAAAUCAGACAAAUGUCAGGUGCUAUGAUAAAAAUUUCCAAUGCAGAGGAAGGGUCCCCCGACCGUAAGGUGACAAUUACUGGUACGAUAGAAACCAUUGGAUUGGCACAGUAUUUAAUAAACACAAGCAUGGAAUUGCAUAAGAAUUUGACCCUUGACCCGACUACCUCGACUAUCCCAACAACAUCUGCAUCACCCUUGACCUCUGUUGUUCAGUCCCCUCAGCAGCUGCAGGCCUCUCCGUAUGCAAUUACCUUGAAUCAACUUGCCAUGAACUCGAUGAACUCGAUGAACUCAAUGAACAUGAACGCUAUGAAUAUGAACUCCAUGAACAUGAACAUGAACAUGAAUGCCUUGAAACAAAUGCCAGCAGUUCCAUAUCAACUGGGCCAGUAUUUUGGGAUGAUAGAUACAGUAGGACAGGCUCCUGUACAACAGAAUAAAAUGCGAGUCGGGGUGGCAGCAAAUGCUAUGUUGACUGAGAGGAAGAAAAUAGCACCCUACUAACUGUCUUGUGUUGAUUGUUAUUGCACACAAUCGGAGCACCUCACUCGAUGGUUGUGCUUAACAGGAAUAAUUAUACAGCUUUAUAUGGUAUUUUUCAUCAGAGAAGCUGACUUAAGUUCUUCUACUAAAUGCCUUUUUUUCAAGGAUCUCCUUGGUAUGAAAGAAUUUUUAAAAAGCAGCUUUGAAUGCUGAUAAUUAGUUCAACCGGAAAGAAGUGAGCUGCUCCGUUUGUACAUAGAUGUGAUGUGGUCACAUGCUAGUCAUGUGACCUAUGUUACUUUGUCUCAUUAUUUAUUUUGUUAAAUUGUUUUCCUUUGAAAUCAUUAUUGAAUAUGAUAGAUUCAAACGGAAAUGUAUCAGAGUUAUUGAUAAUUGCUAAAAUGUUUAUUUUUGGUUAAUACAUUUACAGGUUUAUUUUAGUUUGCCAAAAGUUUGUUUUUGAUAUGUAUAUAUUUACACAAUUAAAUGUGCAGUAUAACUAUGAAUUAAAGUAAUUGUUAAAAACUUGUUAAUUAGAAACAUAUCACCCUUGACUGAUUCAAAUUUUAUAUUUUCAAUUUUGUGUAUAAAAAAGACGAAAACAAUUAGAAAAAUAAUCUAUUUUUCUUAUUUUAUAAAAUAAAUCAUAAAUGUUGUGUUGGUGUUGUCAGCUUGAAUCUUUUCACAAUUCUUCAAUGAUUUCAUUUUGUUGAUUUUUUUUUGCCAAAAAUUAUGUAUAAAGUCAGUAGGAGUAAUAUUUGACCUAUGAUUAGCCAGAAUGAGUCCAAUCAAUGUUAACCUGCAUGUAUACAGACGUUUUAAUAGUUGUUAUAUUCAAUAAGCAGUUUCUUACAAAUUCAUGAAAAUAAUUUAUUUUUUUGUAUAAAAAAAUGUACUGUUAUGGCAAUUUUAAUAUGAGUAAGCAUGCUUUAUUUAGAUUUUCAGUUUGGUACCAGUUAUGUCUUGUUUAACAUUUAAAUUCAUUGAAUUUAACAUUUAAAUUCAUUGAAUUAUCUGAUUUCUUACUCUUACAAUAAGUUAAUGAAUUUGUGCAUGAUAGUGCUUUAAACUUUAGUAUGAAUAAUGUUAAAAGUGCAAUAGAUUUUCUAAUGGUGUUUAGUAUAUCUUGUGUAAAGUUGAUUAAACACUCUUAAACACUAAAAUGGCUACCAAUUUGGGAAGAUUACCCAUAAUGCUUUUCAAUUUUACACAAGAUGACACUUUCCAAUCAUUUGUGAUAUCCAUUUUGUUUUAUGUGCUCACAAAUAAGAUUAUAAUAUGGUAUCCAGCAGUAUCACCAGUACUUUGAUUUUUUACAGAUAUAAGUACCAUAGAGUUAUCUUUCUUUGAUUUGGUCGAAGUAAGAUUUAUCAUUAGUGAUUACAUGUAUAUGUUACAUCUGGAAUUGAUAUACUAUUUAAUCAGCGGUUGGCCAGUAGUAAAGGCCUAUGACCUUUAGAUAUCAUGACUGGUGGUACCACUGGAUUACUGCAUUACAAUCUGACCAUCAGUACUGUCAUCUGGCACGUUUUAUUUCACUAGAACAUUUAGCACUUAGAAAAACUUGAUACUCAUAAAACUGAUGAUUAUCAGUGCAGUUAUGGUGUUAUGUAUGUAUAUUGAGGUAUAUAAGGUCAUUCAUUAGAAGGUUAACAUUCCAAAUGAAAAAAAAUCAUCCGUCAAUUUUAUCAGGGUAGCAGUGUAUUUUUUUUUUUAAUGCCAUUUUGUUUGUUACAAGGGCAUUUAGCCAGAUUCUAAGUCAUUUGUAUUCCAUAUUUAUAUCUUUAGUCUUAACUUAUAUACAGGUUAUUUGUCCAUAUCAGAAACAAUUGAUACUCUCGUUAUAACAUCCAGGUAUGCUCCAAAAUGCUGUGGAUGGCAUAAUGCUAAAUUUUCAAUGAAAAAUUUUAACAUACUGAAAUAUCCAAUUUUAUGGGAUAAUGUUGCACUUUGCCAUCAACAAGUGACACAAUAUAAGCAUGUUUGCAUAUUAUGAUGAACAGUUCUUUACAAGAAAAAGUUAAAUGGGCCAAAUUUCAAGAUAUUUUUGAUGCUUGUUAAAAACUGACAUGAAUAUUCCCAAAAAUCUGUUGGAUAAGAAGUCCAAUUCACAUGUGAUCAGUUAAUGAAGCCUGGUCUAUGAAUUUAUUUGGCCUUCUGCAGAAUGUGAUUAAAACUCCCAAAGGGAUAUAGAAAAAUAGACUAAGUUCAUAUAAUAUUAGAUACUGAAUGGAAGGAAAUCCUUAUAAGAUAUUACCGAUUAAGUUGAUGUGAACAAAAAACUUGUACAAUAAGGAAAGUAGUUCAGUUUAUAUAUAUAUAGGUUAAGUUCAUUGUUUUAACUUGAUGCUUGCCAAAUAUUUCUUCCCCUCUGUGUUUGUUAAUUGACAAGUAUUUGCAUAAAUCCAAAUGAAACAAUUACUUGUUAUCUUCACAUAGUAGAAAUUGUUCAGAAUGAUAUGUGUGUUCUCUAGAGAGAUCACAUCAAUACAUUCAGUAGAAAAAAUAUUUUAGUUCAUGUUCAAUUUACACUUGAUUUAAAGAACACAGAACCAUUGGGUUAAAUAAGAAAAACAUUAUUUAAAGUUUAAUCAGUUUUGUAGUUGUCAAUACUGGUAUAACCUGAUGUUAAAAAUGAACCUAAAGGUACUAUUGACAAAUUUUCAAAAAAUAUAUAAUUCUCACAAAAAAAUCAACUAUUUUUUUCAAACACAAGUAAAGUUGACAAGUAAUUGUUUAAGUAAUAUGUCUCAAGAAGUUGGAUAUAAAUCCAUACCCGAUGCUCAUUAUAUUUUGUUAUAUAAGAUUUAUGUAUAUUAUUUAGUCCCAAUAUUUGCAAUAUUCCAUUUUAAAACUUAAAACUUGUUUUGCAUGAACAUUGUAUGACUCUUGAAAAGUAUCAAGUUACAAAAAUCUUGUCUCCUCAUAUGAAAUUUAGAUUUAUAUUGCUAUAGAUACCUCAAAAACAAUGACCUGUUGUGUUGUUUUAAUUCACUGUCUGCCAGUUUUGUUUUGAAACUUAAGGUAUCAAGUCAUGAUAAAAUGUAGAUCAAAUUACCCAAUACCUUGAAAAUAGGACAUAAGUAUACCAAGUCUUAGGCAUAUAAAUUAAACAAGAUUGGACUUUUUAUAUGAUUUGAAAGUUAGAAAAGAAAAUCUUCUCUUGCUGUAGUAAUAUCUUUGCAUUUUGAACCUCUGUUCAAAGGCCACCUCUCUUGUAAGGUCAGUUAUCUCUGGUUGCAAGAGUGACAUUUAUAUACAGUUUGACUGUACUUUAAUUGUAUUUGUAUUCUUUUUUCUAAGUUUGCUGAAAAACCAGAAAUCCACUGAACUAUCAUAAAUUUUGAACACUCAGCCUGGUCUAUUUUGGUGAUCAUGUAAUCAGUUAUUCUGCAACAUCUUUAAAAUGUUCAAAUCAAUUUGAAAAAAAAUCAGUUUUUCAAUUCCAUGAAAUAUGACUUCAAAAGAAUUACACAGAGUAUGAAUCAGCUCUGAGCAGCAGAUAGGCAAUAUACUGGAACCUACCAAACAUUUGAAGCUUGUAUAGAGUCAUAUAUAUGUUUUGAAUUAACUUUAAUUCCCUUUUUGAGUACCUCAGCUUUAGUGAUUUGCAUAAUUGAUUUGGUUGCAAUAUAAAGCAUUAUGUUUUUGCAAUAUUAAUCACAGAUUGUUGUGGGUUUGUCAUAAACAUAGAAAUAUAUAUAUAUAACUUGCAUUUUAUUUAUAUAUAAAGUAACAUAUAUCAUAGAUUUUGAAUUUUAUGUGCAGUAUUUUUAAAUGUUUAAAGUUUUGAUUUUUUUUUUAAGUGUUUUGAAAAUUGUUCAAAUCAGAAAGCCAAAUUUUGGUCACACUAUUUUGAAGUUUUUUCUUGUAUGAAAUUCUACCCAUGUGAGCUAGAUCACAAUUACAAAAAAAAUCUGUAGCUGUGUAAAGGGCAAUGGAAGCACAAUUUCUCGAUUAUUUUGCAUUUUCUUUGUUUGGUAAGUAAAAAGUAUACAGUAAAUUGUAUGCAGAGUUCACAAAUUCAAUGCUUUUGUUCCUUCUAGAAAAAUUUACCACUGCAAAUGAGUAGUCCUUGCCAUGACACUUUUUUGUUUGAUCAAAUGCAAUUUGGAAUGAUUAUUUAAAGAAAGCUUUCAGAAGGAACUUAAAAAUUUUAAGUGCACUGGGGAGAAUUGCUGCUUGGCAAUAAAUUGCCCCUCUUGCCACCAGAGUUUCACUUUAGGAACUCGGAACUGAAUCAACAGUCAGUUCACAACAAACUUUUUAAAGCAUAUUAUACCAAAAUGAAUCCUUUUCAUAACAAAAGUUAAAUUGAAAAUCACCAAAUUUGAAAAAAUUCCAUAGGCCCUUACAUGUUAGUGACCUAGCAAACAUGGGUUGAUUCUUGUGUUGAGGUUGUACAUAAUUAAUUCCAUUGCCAUAUUUCUUGUCUUUGUGUGUAUGUGGUAUAGGUUGGUUAGUAUAAUUUUAUUGCUUGGAAAUGAUGGCUUGUCUAAAUGUCAUUUUACUCUAUAUAUUCCUUGAAUAUAAUUGGGUGCUUUCAGUACUUAGUUCCUUCUAGUCUCUAAGUUUUCUGAUAAUCUUGGUUACUAUUGAUCUUUGGUUAUACAAGAAGGUAAUACACAUCUUUUUACAAAAAGCUAAUUGGAUAUUGGAAAAUAAAGGGUUAGACAUUGUUUAUUUAAUUUUCUAAACUUAAAUCAACCCAAGAUUAUCAUAAAAUCCUAUAGUGUUCUUUUGUUAACAUAGAUACCUCUUUUUUCAGUAUUUUGAUAACUUGACUUCCAACUUUAAUGGCAUUUAUUUUUUUACAAGGGUAGUGAGUGCAAUUUUGUAAAAAAAAAUAUUUUUAAUGUUGAUGGUUUGGUAGUUUAUAAGUAGAAAUUAGAGAGAGAUUGUUGAAAAUCCUGCCAUUUAUAAAAAAACAUUUUAAGGGGUCAGACUCGGAUAACCCCAGUUCAUUGUCCUGCCAUUUGUUGUGCAUUGCCAAAAUUUGUUGUGUUCGAAGUUGUUUUAACAGUUCUUCUAUCUUGCAAUCUUUAAACGUCUUCGUACUCUUCUAUUUUUAGGAUAACAUCAGAGAUGUGCGGAAUGGGAAUUCGUUAAAUGUGGAGAGGACCAUAGAUUUUAAUCGAUGUUAUCACUUGUUGUUUUUUUUUAAAAGACAAUCAGCACUGAAAAAGUUGAGUGUCUGACUUGAUUGGAAAAAAGACCAAAAGUUUUACAGAGUUGUCUUUCUUGAAAUAGCAUUUAGUUGAUGUUUUUUUUUUCAUGCCAAAAAUAUUUCAGUGAGGAUCAUUUACAUAAUUUUUUUCAGAUUCAAACAUAAAUUAAAUUUUUAUAAAUUUACAAUCAUAUAAUGGCUUGAUUGUGAAGCCAGACUUGACAUAGCCAAAUUUAGGUUGUUAUAUAGUGCAAUAUUUGUCAUAUUUUCGUACUCAGUCAAAUAUUUGCACAUUUUGUUUUUACUAUUUAUACAAAUAUUUACUGAGUUGGUCAUUUAUGGAAAACAUUUAUUUCAUUUUGAAGCAUACAUCUAUAAAAAUUUUGGAAGUAAGUUAUUUUGUUUAUAAAGCAUUCCUUUAUGCUGACCUAAGCAUUGUUUUCUCACUAUAGAUUCUCUGUGUAUAGGGGAUCAUAGUUUGAAAAAAAUUCCUUUAGAUAAUAGAAAACAAAACAGAUAUUUCUUGACAGUAAAAUAAAAUAAAAUUCAUGUUGAAUUAUGAUCAUAAUUCAUCAAGAUUCAGAAUCACAAUAGAAUGAUAAACAUUUUAUUUUUUUGGAAAAAGUUAAAACUAGAAAUUUUUUUAAGUGUAUCAGAGUAGCAAUGAAAACUGGUACUAAAAAUACCAUAUCUCAGCUUCACAAAAUGAUGACAGCUAAUGGCAUAUAUAUAUUGUAAUAUUACGACUGUGAUAAAUAUGUGUAAUAUGUGUACAUUGUUAUACAAUCAUCUAUUGACAAUGUGAAAUGGAAAAUUAUUUUUAUUUUGCAACAAAAUAUCCUUUCUAGGUCUUUUGUGGAUCAAAAGUUUUGAAAUUUGUUUCACUUUUAAGAAUUCUCAAUUGCUGUAGGUCCUGCAUAGAGAUGUACUAAGGGAUGACUCAAAUCUGCAAAAUGUUUUCUUUUUCAUAUUCAAAAUACCCUUUUGCAGAAUAUAGAAUUGUAAUUGGAUUUUGAGGUCCUUAUUAAUUAAACCAAAAAUUGGAUCAACAUAAACAUAUCAAAUGAUUGAUUUAAGUUAUUGAAUUACUUCAAUUGUAGACAGACAAUUUAUGUCAGAAGCAAUCCCUUAUACAGUGAAAUCUGUCAAAACUCAACACCUUUACACCUAAAGAUUUUGAUCCAGAUUAGACAUGUAUUUUAUUCAUACAGGUUUAAAAUAUGAAUGAAUAUUCAUUGCUCGUCUUUGUACAAGAGUGGUGUUUUGACAGUUUUUACUGCUAACUAAAGUAUAUAUUCUCAAUGACAAACAUUACACCAUUUGUUUUACAUAAAGACUGACAUGUUAUUAUACAGUUCAAGUAAUGGAUAUCAAAGGUCUAGUUUAAGAGUACAUCAAAAUGUCUGCCUAAAAUGAGGGUACUUCAAUAGCAAACGUAACAAUCCUUUAUUUUUAAUCAUUUGAUUUUUAUGAUAAACGUUUUGUAGUAUUUUUAACAGUUUAUGUUUAAUAAAUGAUGAAAAUGCACUUUUGAUAUGUUGAUGAAAGAUAUACUCAUAGUUCUCAAUCCCCACGUAAUUAGCAUUUUCUAGACAAUUUUUUCUGGUUCAGUUCUAAACAUAGAGAUUUGUUACCUUUAACAGGUAUAGGUUACUAUUUUGUUUAUGGGGUACAUCAAGGGAUUAUUGUGUACGGGGUAUGUUGGGGAUUUAUUAUUGGGUAUAUUUUUUGUUUUGUGUUCUUUUGACAUAUUGUAUAUAACUGUUGAAUCUUGUAUAUUGAAUUGAUUUGUUGUUUUUUUUUUUUUGUAGAAAUCUACGUAAUUUUAUAUAAUUUCUGAACCCAUUUAUUGACAUUCAUCCUUUGAUUGAAAUUGGGGGAAAUUUAUAAUCUCCGCAGCCACAUGAUAAAUUUUGAUAAAAAUUUUAAAUUUUUAAAGCAGAAAUGCAGCCAGGUUGUAAGAUCAUUUUCAUAUCUAAUGAUGUCAUUUUAAUUUCAUUCUUUUACUAGAGAAGAAAAUUAAAAUAUUUUCCCAUUUACAAAAAUAUGUCCUUUAAUCUUUUGAGAAGUAAGAAAACUAAUGGUAUUUUAGUGUUUUCACUUUCCCAUGUGACUGUACUUAUAAAGAGUGAUCGUUAUGAAUGUUUAUAAAUGGGACCAGAGAGAUUUUUUACAUGUGAAAAUGUGUGAAGUGAAAUCGGACUGUUUUCCAAAAGGGUAAUUAUCAUCAUAACUAUUUAUCAUUUAUUUAUUAUUAUCAUGAUGAAAAGUCAUUAAAAAGGUGCUGCACCUCUUAAGAUUUA